UAAGAACAAGUAAUGAGAAAGUGCUAGUAAAAUAUGUACAGAUUGGUAUCACAUAAUUUGACAUUACAAAUGAGAGGCCUAUAUUCACGGCAGAACCACUCGUCUGAAAGCCUGUAAAAGUUGAACAGCUGUUUUGAGCAAUGUUUGAUUGAAUUGGUCCAGCGAAAUGGCGGGAUUUCGUAGGUGUCUCUGCAGCAGCAGAAAACGUGAAAAACCCGAGGAAUUGGAGACGAAGGACGGUGAUCGGGGCCAUUGGGAUCACCACGGGGAGUUCCUGCUCACACUGCUGGGUUUCGCGGUGGGCCUUGGUAACAUUUGGAGGUUUCCAUACCUGUGCAUGAGGAAUGGAGGAGGUUCGUUUCUGAUUCCUUACUGUAUAGCGAUAAUAAUUAUCGGAUUCCCAGCCAUGUUCCUCGAACUUGUUAUUGGACAGUUUUCCGGCCUUAGUCCGUCGCGAGUAUGGAGUGUCGUCCCUAUUUUUCAAGGUAUUGGCUGGGGCAUGGCUAUAAUGAUGGUCAUCGCCUCCUGCAGUUACGGCCAUCUCGUCACCUGGAUCCUCUACUACCUUGGAAUGUCCUUCUCUGCCCAGCUUCCCUGGACGAACUGCAACAACAGCUGGAACACUGAAAAUUGCUUUAUUUAUAAGGCGAAUGCGUCUUGGUACAACAUCUCUGAUGAAAUGUCUUGGUACAGUAAUGUCUCUGAUGAAUGGAGUAAUUCCUCGAUGAUACUUAAUGCAACUCUGGACACAAGGGUUUCUCCCGGGGAAGAGUUCUUUCGGUAUAACGUCCUUGAACUUACGGAUGGUGCCGAAGACCUUGGGGGCCUCAGGUGGCAGCUUGUCCUCUGUCAUCUGGCGGGAUGGGCAAUAGCGAGUUUGGGCGUUAUCAAAGGAAUAAAGUCAUCAGGAAAGGCUGUUUAUGUCACAUCCCUCGUCCCCUAUAUUCUCCUGACCAUACUCCUUAUCAGAGGGUGUUUACUCCCGGGUGCUGUAGAUGGUAUAAUCUACUACAUCAAGCCGGACUUCAGCAAGCUGUUGGAGUUCAGGAUAUGGUGUGAAGCAGCGAUUCAGAUUUUCUAUUCCGUCGGGGUUUUUGGAGGGGGAAACAUCACUUACGCCAGCUAUAACAAAUUCCACAACAACUGUCUAAGGGACACCUUCUUCGUUGUAACUUUGAACUGCCUGACCAGUCUUUAUGGUGGAUUCGCUGUCUUCGCAGUGGUCGGUUACAUGGCUCAUGAAACUGGUCUACCGGUGGAUAAAGUAAUCCAGUCAGGACCAGGCCUGGCUUUCAUCGUCUACCCCGAAGCCUUGUCCAAGCUUCCUCUUCCGCAGCUCUGGAGUGUUCUCUUCUUUCUCAUGUUGGCGACACUUGCCAUAGGAACUCAGUUCGGUCACCUGCAGACAGUUGUCGCUUGUCUCACCGAUGCUUUCCCUGAUCAACUUAAAGGCAAAGGCCACUGGAUUCUUUUGACCCACUGCUGUGCUGGCUGCGCCAUAGCUCUUGUGUUCUGUACGAGGGGUGGCAUGUACUGGUUCCAGCUGGUCGACUGGUAUGGGGUAACUUUCAGUACAUUUGUGACGCUGACGUGCGGUUGUCUUGGUCUUGCCUGGCUUUACGGUCUAAACCGCCUCUUCGAAGACAUCGAAAUGAUGAUUGGGAAGAAGCCGCUGUUCAUAUUUAAGAUAUUCUGGGGCGGAUUGACGCCCCUCUAUGUUCUGGUGAUCUUCAUCUACAACUGUAUAGGAUUCAGCAAGCCUUCUUACGGCAACUACCAGUACCCGAACUGGGCAAUCACAAUAGCGUGGCUUGUACCCCUGGUCAGCAUGAUCCAGCUUCCAAUACAUGCCAUAAUAGGAAUUGCAAAGGAGAAGGGGAGUCUUUUAAAACGACUAAGGAUACUAAGCCAUCCGGGUGAGGACUGGGCGCCACAAGCUCCGGAAUACCGUGAAGAAUAUCGCAACAAACACGGACCCAAGAAGGCCGCGCUUCCUCUAACGUUGGACAUUCUUACAGCGGUUGAUAUGAGCAACGGAAAUGCUGCAGGUGGGAGUGCAUUUGCUGAAGAAACAGAAAGGGACGUGUUCGUUUUUUUGCCGUCAGCACCCUUGGACGUGUAAAGAAUGAGAGCCUUUUGACGGUGUCGAUUUAUGUGGCUCAAGAUGAGGAACGAUGGAGGGCUAUCUUGAGAUGCAUGAAAUGUAAUGGAUGAGAGCAUUCAUUAUGUUACUCUAGGGACAGACCAGAAGCAUAUUCAUGUUGGAAUACCGUGUAGAAAAAAACGGACAGGGCAACUGUGUUGACGGCAUGAUAGACCAUGAUUAUCUCUCUUCUAACUUGCACAUUUGUAUGAAAUAAAAUGAUCACUCGUGUCGGUAGAUUUGUCUUCUCUACAUGUAUCUUCAAUGUCCAUAUUUGAUUUUUUUUUGGUAACACGGCGGGGAAAAUCUAUCGCGACCUAUCACGACCUCCUGAUUAUGAGCCCGGUGUAACAGUAACAAAUGCCCCCCCUGAAAGUGUCCAGCCCUAUUGUAUUCUGCAAUAUGGUUCUAUAGAGACCCUGACCGUCAAUAGCUCAGAGAUUGACGCGCAUGAAUAGAAUCCUUUGUUUCCCGGGCAUUCUAUCCUAGGACAUUUUAAACUUCUACACCGGCGCUCUCGGCCGGCGUUUCCCUAUACCAUUGGUCUGCUUACAAGGUCCAAACUAUUUUAUAUCGCUUUUAAAAUGAGCAAAACAGCAAAUAAAACAUCGCUGUACAUGAAGACAUUCGAU